ACGCGGCCUGCGGGCGGCGGGGACACAGCACUGGGGCGGGCGCUGCCCUGCCGGGCUCCUGUGUCCCCAGGGAGGCCAGCGUGGCUGCCUCCCCUGACCCUGGAGGCCUGAACCUUGUCCUGCCUCUGGUCUCCUCCUACAGGACACACGGGAGACAGGGACACAGCACAGGACCCUGGGGACCAGGGCGGACACGGGACACGGCACAGGACGCAUGGGGACCGGGGCGGACAUGGGACACAGCACAGGAUGCAUGGGGACCAGGGUGGACACGGGAUACGGCACAGGACGCGUGGGGAACGGGACAGACACGGGACACAGUACAGGACGCGUGGGGAACGGGGCGGACACGGGACACGGCACAGGACGCGUGGGGAACGGGGCAGACACGGGACACGGCACAGGACGCGUGGGGAACGGGGCAGACACGGGACACGGCACAGGACGCAUGGGGACCAGGGUGGACACGGGACACAGUACAGGACGCGUAGGGAACGGGGCAGACACGGGACACGGCACAGGACACAUGGGGACGGGGGCGGACACGGGACACGGCACAGGACGUGUGGGGAACGGGGCAGACACGGGACACAGCACGGGACGUAUGGGGAAUGGGGUGUACGCAGGUCACAGCACGGAACCUGCGGGGACCGGGACAGACACGGGACACGGCCCAAGAUUCAUGGGGAACAGGGUGGGCACGGGACACGGCACAGGACCCGCAGGCACCGGGGUGGACACGGGACAGGACACACGUGGACCGGUACAGACACGGGACACGGCACAGGACGCAUGGGGACCGGGACAGACACCGGACACAGUGUGGGACGCAUGGGAACGGGACAGACACGGGACACAGCACGGGACACACGGGGACCGGGACAGACACGGGACACGGCACAGGACGUGUGGGGACCGGGGAGGACACGGGACACGGCACAGGACACAUGGGGACCGGGGAGGACACGGGACACGGCACGGGACACAUGGGGGAUGGGGCGUACGCAGGUCACAGCACGGGACGCAUGGGGACUGGGGCAUACGCAGGUCACAGCACGGGACCUGCGGGGACCGGGACGCACAGGUCCUGCCGUUGGUGGAGGCGCUCUCUGGGGGGCGUGGAGCCCCGUCCUGAGCAGAGGUAGUGGCUGCCACAGGCCGCAUCCGUCCAUCCCCCCCGCUCUCCCCGCCCCACCUCCCCUCCAUUUGUCCUCAGGUAUUUGGGGGCCACCCCACCCGUCAUUUCACGCCAGGUCUCCUGAUGAGCCCCAGUGUGGGCCAGUCUGGGUGCCGCCCUGAGCUCCCAGCACCUGUUCCCGUAGCUGAGCAAACACCUGUUCUGCAGGUGGGGCAGCGUUCCCCUCCCUCCCUCCUCCCGCGGCUUCCUGCUCUGUGUCGGGGCCUCGAGCGGCCCGUCCGUGGAGUGGACGGUGCCCUGUCUGCGUGGGCGGCUCGGGGCACCGUCCCAAGGCCAAAUUCCAGCUCGGGGGCCUCUCGGGCCGCGGCCAGUCGGACAGCGGCGGCCCCCUGGUAGUCGUCCUGAGGGGAGGGAGCGGUGGAGCAGAGACGCGGUUCCCUGAGAGAUUUCACUUCUGGCUUCUGGGUUUGUCUGAGCUUCCGUGCGUUCUCGUCGCAGAGGGGCCUGAAAAGGGGAACUCUGGCCUCCGCACAGCUCAGGAGCAGCGGGGGGAUCCAGUGUAAAUGCUAAGAGAAAAUGAUCCUCUCCCACCUCCCGUGACAAGAAAUCACAUGUUCAGGGUGCAGAGUGGACCAGAAUUUAAGUGCGCCGCGGGUUCUUAGUUUUAGAAACAGUUUUCUUAAGACUGCACGUUUUCACAUAACGUAUUUUUCACGUACCCACAUGCACGACCGGAUUUCUGAAUCCUCCGGGCAUAUGUUUUGUCUUUGGUCGACGGGACCCAGACGGUCCCCUGACGUGAGCUCCCCGGCGCACCGUCUGCUUGCUGUAUCUCUCUGACUGGCCUCGCGAGGGUGCCGUGAACGCUGGCGUGUGGACGCCUGAGCGGACGUGGGUCUCUCUCAACUCCGUCCCUAAAUUCGACGCCUGGUCUCAACUCCAACUGCCUCUGUGAUCUCAGGAAUAGCUCCAGGCGCAGACCCGUGGUGGCUGGCAUGUGGUUCCCCAGAUCGGGGGUCACCUGUCCCCGCCCGUCCCCACGACUCUCUCCUGGUGCCCACAUCCCUGUGUCCACCCCGUCGAGGUCUCACGUCAGGGCAUCUCGUGGGGCUGGUGUUAGGGCUUUGUCACCAGGAAAGGCUGGUGGCGUUGUGGCCUCGAGACACGACUGACUGUGGGGACCGUGGUCUUGCGGCCAGCACAGGACACUGGGUGGCUUCGGGCACAGCCCCCCAGCUGUGGACGUGAGCGCCGUGAUGCGUCCCUCCCCUUCCCUCUGCCGCUUCCUAACCUACCAGGUCCUGCACGCGAAGCGGCAGGGGUCCUCCUUACGUCAUGGGAAGGAACGGGCAGAGGGGCAGAGCUGACCUUUCCCGUGUCCCACGGACGAGCAGGUUCUGUUCUCAGAUUGCCGGUCGUGGCAGUGAGUCUGAGUCAGCUGUCCAGUUCCCUGGGGCUCUCGUCGUGGCAGGCGGGGGGUGGGGCGGACCCUCAAAGAACAGGAAAUUAUCCUCCCAGUUCUGAGGCCAGAGGUCCAGAAUCAACGCAUUUAUGAAGGACUGUCAUCCAGGAGGGGCUUCCUGAGGCGGCUGUAUCGGAUGACUGCAUCGGGGCUUAAAAUCCAUCCUCCCCCAGCCCUGGGGACCAGACGUCUGAAGUCAGGGUGUCCCAGGGCCGCGCUCCCUCCAGAGGCUCCAGGGGAGGGUC